CGGGUCUUGACUACCAGGAGCGUCCGCCAUGAGGAGAAGUGAGGUGCUAGCAGAGGAGUCUAUCGUAUGCCUCCAGAGAGCUCUAACUCACCUUCGGGAAAUAUGGGAAUUAAUUGGGAUUCCAGAGGAGCAGCGAUUACAAAGAACUGAGGUUGUGAAGAAGCACAUCAAGGAUCUUCUGGAUAGGAUGAUUGCUGAGGAGGAGAGCCUGAGGGAAAGGCUUCUCAAAAGCAUAUCCAUCUGUCAGAAGGAGCUGAGCACCCCGUGCAGUGAGCUACAAGUGAAGCCAUAUCAGGAAGAAAAAGAGAUAACUGUCUUGCAAUUAGAAAAAGAUUUGCGCACUCAAGUAGAAUUGAUGAGAAAACAGAAAAAGGAGAGAAAGCAGGAACUUAAGCUACUUCAAGAACAAGAUCAAGAGCUCUGUGAAAUUCUUUGUCUGCCUCUGUAUGAUGUGGAGAGCUCCUCUGUCCCCACCUUAGAAGAGCUGAACCGGUUCCGACAACGGGUGGCAACAUUGAAGGAAACAAAGGAAUCUAGGCAUGAGCAAUUUGUCAGCAUUAAGAGACAAAUCAUAUUGUGUAUGGAAGAAUUAGAACACACUCCAGAUACAAGCUUUGAAAAAGAUGUAGUGUGUGAAGAUGAAAGUGUCUUUUGUUUAUCAUUGGAGAAUAUUGCAACACUGCAGAAGUUGCUACAGCAGCUGGAAAUCAAAAAGUCAAAAAAUGAGGCAGAGUGUGAGGGGCUCCGUGCUCAAAUCCGAGAGCUCUGGGAUAGGUUACAAAUACCUGAAGAAGAGAGAGAACCUGUGGCUGCAAUUAUGACUGGAUCAAAAGCCAAAGUCAGGAAUGCGCUGCAAUUAGAGGUGGAUCGGUUAGAAGAGCUGAAAAUGCAGAACAUAAAGCAAGUGAUUGAGACCAUUCGAGUGGAGCUGGCUCGGUUCUGGGACCAGUGCUUUUACAGCCAGGAACAGAGACAGGCUUUUGCCCCUUACUAUUCUGAGGACUACACAGAAAACCUGCUUCAUCUUCAUGAUGCUGAGAUUGUACGGUUAAGAAACCACUAUGAAGUUCAUAAGGAACUAUUUGAAGGUGUCCAGAAAUGGGAAGAGAGCUGGAAACUCUUCCUAGAGUUUGAGAGAAAAGCUUCAGAUCCAAGUCGGUUUACAAACAGAGGGGGAAAUCUUCUAAAAGAAGAAAAAGAACGAGCAAAGCUACAGAAAACACUCCCUAAGCUGGAAGAUGAGCUGAAAGCACGGAUAGAAAAGUGGGAACAAGAGCAAUCAAUGGCGUUUGUGGUGAAUGGGCAGAAAUUCAUGGAGUACGUUACAGAACAAUGGGAACUGCAUCGAUUGGAGAAAGAAAGAGCCAAACAAGAAAGACAACUAAAGAACAAGAAACAGACAGAGACAGAGAUGCUCUAUGGCAGUGCUCCCCGGACACCUUGCAAGAGACCAGGACUGACUCCCAACAAGCCUGGCAAAGUACGCAAGAUGAACACUACCACCAUGUCCAGUGCUACACCCAAUAGCAGCAUUCGGCCUGUCUUUGGAACAAUGUACCACUCACCUGUAUCCCGACCGCCUCCUGGCAGCAAGGCAGUGGCCACGUCUAUGUGUUCUGGAAAGAAAACACCUAGAGCUGCCCAGCUCAGGGCCAACAAGGAGAACAUGGAGCUCAAUGGCAGCAUCCUGAGCGCGAGAACUUUCAAAGGCUUCCAGAGCUGACGCUACUUCUCGAAUCCUCAAUUCAACCAAUAUCCAGUACUGAGAAUUCUUGACCAGUUAGCCAGCUGUGGUUUCCUGUACCUAGACUGGACUGACUCAUUAUACAGGGGUGACUUUAUAGCUUUUCUUCAGUUUAGGUGUGUUUGAAACAACCCUGUUGUGUUACCAUGGGCCUAACUUGAGGCAUGAGUACAACAAAUGAAGCCUGAAAAUCUAGUUAUGACUGCUAGUUAACAUCUGGUACCUAAUUUGUUUUCUCUACACCAUAAUUCUAUUUAAAGAAUGGUCAAGGGUUUGUUAUUUCACUACUGUAUUGAAAAAUGAGAAAAUGAUUGUGCCCAGCCUUGGAGUAGGAGACAUGAAACAAUUCUGGCCUGUAGACCUGGAAUUAGCAGUUAACAUCUUUACCAAAUUUUUAAAUUAAUGCUGUAGCUAUGGUAGCUUUGAUUUUAACCCAGAGACCUGUACCCCUCACCCAGCACUAUCCCAAUGAGGAUUUCUUGUGUUCUGGCAUUUGAGAUGGCUUGACCUGCUGCCAAAGAGUAGCAGUAACAGCAUUUAUAUAGUGCAAUCUCUUCAUGAAGUGUGUGUGAACACAUAAGCUGUCUGACCUGGUUUU